AAGCAGGCUCCCUUUGGGGAGCCCCGAUGUGGGACUCCAUCCCUGGACCCGGGAUCAUGACCUGAGCUGAAGGCAGAUGCUCAAGCACUGAGCCACCCAGGUGCCCCUCAAGAUGAAUUUCUCUUCCAGCUUUAAAAUAUUGACACUGAGCAUCAGGGAUCUGUGGGCACUGCUGCUCCAUUAAGUUCAGCAGCAGAGUGGCACCUGCAAUAGUAACGGAGCCUGGCAGAUAUUGCUGCUUCCUCAUUAUCCCAUUGUCAAGAUAAAUAAACUGAGGCUAAAAUGAAGUACUUCAAGGCAUCAAGCAUUCAUGCAGAAUCAGGAGGAGCACUUGGAAGAUGGUCUCCAGCACCAGAUGGGAGAUUUAGGCUUGCUUUUUCAUCUGUACAUUUCAGGAUCUGCAGGCUUAUCUGAUUCAUAAGUCACACUGAAGAGCCUGCUCAGAUUCUUCUAGCCGCCCUAAGCUCCUGUGGAGAGCGUAGUCAGGAGAUGUGUUUACCAAAUGCAGGAGGCAUCAUCUCUGAUACCUAGAAUGCAGGACCAUGAGCUUCAUCAGUGGAGCUUGCCCUCCCUCGCCACUGACGAGACCAUGUGUAAAAGCGUGACAACAGGUGAAUGGAAGAAAGUCUUCUAUGAGAAGAUGGAGGAGGCCAAGCCGGCCGACAGCUGGGACCUCAUCAUAGAUCCCAACCUCAAACACAAUGUCCUGGCCCCUGGCUGGAAGCAGUACCUGGAAUUGCAUGCCUCUGGCAGGUUCCACUGCUCCUGGUGCUGGCACACCUGGCAGUCGCCGCACGUGGUCAUCCUCUUCCACAUGUACCUGGACCGCGCGCAGCGGGCGGGCUCGGUGCGCAUGCGCGUGUUCAAGCAGCUGUGCUACGAGUGCGGCACGGCGCGGCUGGACGAGUCGAGCAUGCUGGAGGAGAACAUCGAGGGCCUGGUGGACAACCUCAUCACCAGCCUGCGCGAGCAGUGCUACGGGGAGCGCGGCGGCCAGUACCGCAUCCACGUGGCCGGCCGCCAGGACACGCGGCGCCACCGCGGCGAGUUCUGCGAGGCCUGCCAGGAGGGCAUCGUGCACUGGAAGCCCAGCGAGAAGCUGCUGGAAGAGGAGGCCUCCACCUACACCUUCUCCCGGGCGCCCAGCCCCGCCAAGCCGCAGGCCGAGGCCGGCUCUGGCUGCAACUUCUGCUCCAUCCCCUGGUGCUUGUUCUGGGCCACGGUCUUGCUGCUGAUCAUCUACCUGCAGUUCUCCUUCCGCAGCGCCGUCUGAGAGCCCCGCGGGAACU